GGUCCCAAUACGAACUUUGCCAAGUGGGCCCCAGCGAUUGCCUUGCCUGGAGCACUGCAGGGGGAAAGAGGGCUGCCCAGUCAGCCUCCCGCAAGGAUUCCUCCCGCGUCCGCCCCUCUGUCCGUAGGUCGGUGUGUCUGCGGAGCCACCUGGAGGCCCUGGGCUCUGUGCGCUGUAUGGGACACUACAUCAGACCAAUGGCGGCGGCAGCGACCCUGUCCGGCCUGGCCGUGCGAGUGCCGCGCUAUGCAGCGGCCUGCGGCUACUACCGCACCUUCUGCAAGCGGCUCACGCGCACGCUGCUCAUCUUCUUCGACCUGGCCUGGCGGCUGCGCAUGAACUUCCCCUAUUUCUACGUCGUGGCCUCCGUGAUUCUCAACGUCCGCCUGCAGGUACAUAUUUAGAUUAACUAACUUUGUGGCAGUCUCGAGUGCCCGGCAGGAUGACUGACUUCCACCCAGCAGUUCACCCUCCCUAGAGCAAAGCCACCAACUGGACUAGCGCACGCAGACUUCGCGGGUCUGUCUUUCCAGUGACUCAUCUUUUAAUAUAAAUGUGCGCCUAGAAAUCAUGAUUUACUGAAAGCCUUCAAUAUAACCAAAAAAGCCUAAGAUAUAACGAAAAGUUGACUCUCAAGGAACUAGAUAAUUUAAGAAAGAGAAAAGAACCUAAGAAUAAAUGAAAAAUGUUUGCAUCCAUAAGACAAAAAAACAGCACAAACUUUAGGAUCUGGAGGUCAUACCUUUCUUUCAUCCCCAAAGAAAAAACAACUGUAAACAGGAACUACAGGGUAACAUUUCAAACUGUACAAGGAAAACAUGCUUCAAAUAUGAAGCAACCUCAGAUGUGACCUGGUUUGAACAGCUGCCAGAAGUGUGUAAAAGGGAAUCUUCUUGAACAUUGGCAUUCCAGACUGCAAUCACAGAUGAGAAAAUCCAGUCAUAGCAUUUGACUUUGCUAUUCAGUGAAAAAUACUGAAAUACUGUUACAAUGGAAAUAUUAGUUGUAGUUUCCCAUUUUUAGAGUAAAUCUCUAUGCAAAGCUGGGAAGACGAUUACGGUUAUGGAACAGAAUGGACUAUCACCAACUUUGAUAGUGUACAAGUACUGGCAGAGGGGAGGAAAUGAAAUAGUAGUGUUCGUUCAUUAAGUGGGAAGUCCAGAUAUUGUCUCUAGCUCAUAGAAUACGGGGGAGGGGUCACUUAUCACUUUAUGUGUUACAUAAAUGUCCAACCACUGUGCUGUGUACCUGAAACUAAUAUAAUAUUGAAUGUCAACUAUAAUUGAAAAAUAAAAAAUUAGUAAAGAGUAAGACA